AUGAGAGAAAGACAACAAAUAUCACAUUGUAGCGCUUUCUCAUUAAGCGAUCUAGGUGGCGACGACAAAGGAACAGCUCAGUUAUUACCUAUGGGGUCGAGAUCAAAAUUAAUGUUAGAGCUAGUAGCUCAAAAAAACGACGAUGAUUUUCGAAAUUCCGACCAUAUUGUCAAUGAGAACAUAGAAUCUAUUAAUGAGACCCGUAGUUAUUCUAAUGAGAAGCAAGAAACGACUCAGAAUAAUCAAGAGAUAUCUCAGCACCAUCAUCAACGUACUGAGUCUACAAGUUCAUCAUCUAGCAGAUCCUCAAGUGGCUCCUCGUCGUCAUCCUUCUAUGAAGAUAGUGAUGACUCAGUAAAAGAUCCGGAUUACCAAGAUCCAACACUUCUGCCUGAAAAUUUGUCACUAUCUGUAUUUGAACAUUUAAAUUCAUCACCUUCUGUAUUUGAACAUUUAAGUUCUUCACCAUCUGCAUUUGUAUAUGAAAAUUUAUCAGCAUCUAUAUUUGAACAAGAAAAUUUGUUAUCUGAUAUUGAACAUGAGAGUUCAACACCACCUUUAACUGAACAUGAGAAUUCAACACCCCCUUUAUCUGAACAACAAAAUCUAAUACCGACUGAAACUGGCAUCGUUGUGAUUGAGACUCCCACUAAGAAAGGAAAGAAAAGACUAAGACAAGAAAGUAGCUGGAAAAAGAAUGUAGCAAAGAAGUUAAGAAAUAGUGGUAAGUCUUACCAAUCAUCUAAAUCCAAAAAAGAAAUGCCUGAAAGGAAACUUAAACCACCUUGCAAAGAAAUCUGCAAAUUUAAGUGUCGAUACAAUAUAACGGAAACUCAAUGA